CGGGGCGCCCGGCUUCCGCCCUUCCCGCUUCCGGGAGUCCUCGGCUCUGCGGAGCGCCCGGCGUCGGGGCACGGUGGCGGUGGCGACGACGGCAGCCCAGUGGCGGGGGCUCGGCCCCGGCUUGCCCCACCGCGCCGGCGGCACGGCGCCAGGCGCAGCUCUGAGGGCAGCGGGGCCGCCGCCGCUGAGACAUCUAACUCAAGGUUUUGUGCUGCAGCCCUGCUCCAAAUGCCACAUUGUGAUUUCCAGAAGUUAACCACUAAAAUUUUCAAGCUUUGAGAUUACAUCAGAUAUGACUAUGUGAAUAGCCUAGGAUAGCCCAAAGGAAGGCCAUGAUGUCAGAAUAGCAUACAAAACAUUUGUGAGGGCAAGGCCAGAAAACCAUGCAGUCAUCAGGGCACAGAUUCCGUGAUGUUGAGCACCACCCGCUUCUUGCUGAAAAUGACAGCUACGAUUCAUCUUCCUCAGAGGCCGACAUGGCAGAGAGGGUUUGGUUCAUCCGAGAUGGCUGUGGUAUGGUCUGUGCUAUAAUGACGUGGCUUCUGGUUGUCUAUGCAGACUUCGUAGUGACUUUUGUCAUGUUGCUGCCUUCCAAAGACUUUUGGUACUCUGUGAUCAACGGUGUUCUCUUUAACUGCUUGGCAGUACUAGCUUUGUCAUCACAUCUGAGAACUAUGCUAACUGAUCCAGGGGCUGUACCCAAAGGAAACGCCACUAAAGAAUACAUGGAUAAUUUGCAACUGAAACCAGGAGAAGUGAUCUACAAAUGUCCAAAGUGCUGUAGUAUCAAACCUGAACGUGCACACCAUUGCAGUAUUUGCAAACGAUGUAUUCGAAAGAUGGAUCACCACUGUCCAUGGGUGAAUAAUUGCGUGGGGGAGAAAAAUCAGAGAUUUUUUGUUCUGUUUACGAUGUAUAUAGCCCUAAUUUCAGCUCAUGCGCUCGUACUGUGUGGGUUUCAGUUUUUCUCCUGUGUCCGAGGGCAGUGGACUGAAUGCAGUGACUUCUCCCCACCUGUAACUGUGAUCCUGAUGAUCUUCUUGUGCCUUGAGGGUUUUCUGUUUCUCACGUUCACUGCAGUUAUGUUUGGCACCCAAAUCCACUCCAUAUGCAACGAUGAAACGGAGAUUGAAAGACUGAAAAGUGAAAAGCCAACAUGGGAGCGGAGACUACGUUGGGAAGGAAUGAAAUCUGUCUUUGGGGGUCAGCCUUCUCUCCUGUGGAUCAAUCCUUUUGCAGGAUUUCGAAUCAGGCGACUUCUACUCAGAGCAAAGAAAGGAGGACCUGAGUUUUCUGUUUGAGUCUAAUUAUGCUGGAACUUGCAAGAAUACUAUAUAAUAUUUAUUUGGGGCCAGAAAAGGCUGUCUACGUAUAAUCUGUGACCAGGUGAAACUGAUACCGGACAUUUGCUUGUAGCAAGCAGAGUUUUAUACGUUUAUCGUCACAGACAUCUCAUUAACUUUCAGAGACGUGAACUGGAUCUGUAAUGGUCUUAACAGCAAGAUAACAAAGGAAAAGCACGUGCUCACACUAAAGAAGCCAAAUGUUGUCAUGCUACUGUAAUUUAUUUUAGGAGAUUAAUUACCCAUUUUUGUUAAACCCUUUUUAUUUGAUAAAUGUUGGGGAAUUACCUGUGUGUUUUUAUAAAAAAGUAUAUACUUAGUGCAGUUGUCAAUCAUAAGGAGGAGCGCUAUGGUGAAAGUUGAUCUCAAAUGAGACCUAGCCUUCUAAAUCCGGUUUUCAGGGAAUAGUGGGGUUUGUUCCGUUUUUAAUUUAUAUUUCAGUUUGUCCUAAUAAACAGAGCUGUACUCUCGUGUCCCACUUCAGGCACACAUUCCUCAUAUGCAAGUGAUUCAAAGGACUGGUGCACACAACAGCAUAACACGUCAGAGGCACUAUUACACCCCAGCCAAAUGUCUUCCCAGGCUCACAAAAGCACGUCUUGUGUUUGGCGGUAUUAAUCUCACGUGGCAUUUAGGUAAGUUCUACAUCUUCAGGAAACAACACGUUUAGCCGACGUCUGUGGGCCAAGUCGUGCCCUCAGGUAUGCAUCUCCGAUUCUUAACGCAUUGAUUCUAGAGGAACUCAAGUGUAGGUCUUUGAGGAUUAUAUUUAGUCCUCUGUGCAGGGGUGAGUGGGACCGGUGACUGUAUCCUCCUGCGUGAGAUGAAAAUGAAUGUACCGCGGAUUGGAGUAAACUAACUGAAAACAGUUGUCUUCGUAAGCUCUUGCUCUGCCCCUUUUUUUUUUUUUAUUGUACAGACUUUGCGUAGAAGGAAAGCUGUUAACUUCAUGAUCCCUUGAACAAAGGCGUGAGAGGAAUGAGGGAGGUUGCCUCUUUCUCAAGUACAGCAGAUCUUAAAUGUAGAAGUAUCUGCGAUAGAAGAGAUUAUUUUGAAUUUAACCGUUUUCCAACCAAAACUACUUUCAAGAAUCGAGAGCAAUAUAGUUCUAGAACUGCUUUAUGUGGGCCUGACAAACAACAGUAGUGCUAAGAAAUGUUUAUAAAUCUGCAGGUAAUGAAAUACAAGCUGCAAGUAAUGAAAUUCAGCUAAAAGUGGAUUCUUUAAAAAUUCCAUUUAGACUAUUUUUUAUAUUAUUGUUAAUCUGUUCUAUAAAUUACUGACAAUAUAAAGGAUAAAGCAGGAGCCUUGAUGCAUAGCUUGAAAUCGUGCCUAGAAAGUAAAUAGCUCCCUGUUCUGGGACUUGCCUUAAAAUUGUCCUGUUCGUGCUUUUGCUUUGCCAGUAGCACUGAGGAUCUGUCCCACCUCAAGCAGUUCAACGUGCUGAAGAAUCUUGCGUUAAAAAGUUUACGUACUACGGAAGCUAUACUUUCUUUUUUUUCAGUGACCUGCUUCUCCAUUUCUUCGUAACUGUUUGUGGCAUCCCGAUUCCAGCUUCGUCGGGUUUUAUACCAUUGCGGGGGGUGAGAUUACUAAGGGAUCCAUUUGUUAUCUAUGGCCCUGCGAACAAAACUGUGCAAUACGAUGUAAUAUGUUCACUUUGCUUGGGGGCGACAAUGUGUAACGCUGGACGGUUUCUAGGUGGACGCGUCUGAUGAAAUUGCAGUCAAACGAACAAAACCGAUGUCUCGUGUAACUGAGGGGGAAGUUGGAAGUUCCACAAGGAUCUCUGCGCGCUCAGUUGCACACCUUAAAGAUUGGGAAGAAAGGUGUCUGGCUUUGUCAUGAGGCUCUUAAUGUGUAUAUUGUUUAAUAAAAUAUCCUGGUGGAAAUCAGAAAAUAUCACUUCAAGCGGUUGAACCCUGUGACUUAGCAAGUGUGUGCGUGUGUGAAAUCAGGUUUACUUGGCUUUUCAAACCCUUGUUACGUUGUAAUUUUUUUUAAUGUAAAAAAUAAAGUAAUGAAUUGAAGUCUUAGUUGAUUAACUGCUGCUCUAUAUGUCACUUUUUUUUGCACAGGCACGUGCAUACUCACAUACGUUCAGGUUACAACAACUUCAGGGUAAUGGUCUUGCAUCCUUUGGCUUGUAACUUGUAUGUGCGCAUGUAUCAAGUAACAGAUGGUACUGCUCCAAAUUGAAGAUGCUACUCUGCUUAUGAAGGGUUUUAAGCUAUGCUAACUGCUCGUUUCUCUGCACAAAUGGUGACUUUUUCCACUAAUUCUGUAGCUCUGGGUACAAAGACAGCCAAUUAUGCAGCAGCAGUUCAGGUAGUUGUCGACAGGGAACAACUGACCCAAGGAGGGUGAGGGCGAGGAGCAAACAAGGUUUACAAAGGCAGGAAAGGAUGGAGAGCCUGGAAACAGUUUAUUUCCCGUUUGCAACAAUUCUAAAAAAAAUACUUUGGUACCUUUCCUGGGUGUAAUAUCGCACUUUUGUAUGCUGUUAUUUCUACGGAGAAAAUAGCUCCAGAUACAUUCCUGUAAACUUUGUGCCACUUCUGCUUGUAUUUUGGAGCAGGUUGAUGGUUUGAUUAUAUUUGUAUGCCGCAACAGUUAGGCUGUUCUGUGCUUACGUGUAUUUUAGGGAAGACCUUGUUUACUCUCCAUCCGGAACAGAGGUCUCCGCAGAUGGAUCCUGUUAAUUUAUCUCACUUUUGUUUUCUUGUUUAAUUUCUAGUAGUAAUGUCAGGUGGUUUCAUGAACCCUUUUCUGAAGUCGUAGACAGCAGCAGUGACAAGCCAGAAUUCAUUUAUGGACUUCUUUAUGGCUAUCCUGUGUGGAAAUGUUGUUUUUCUGCGAUUGUUCUCACUUCUUUCUGUUGGCGCUGUGUUAACAUGGGAAUGUAUUCAAUGCUAUUGGAGAGAGAGAAGUGGCGUAAGAGCUUUUGAAAUACAGAAAUUGGACUGUAAAAUGAUUCUUGGAUCUUUUAAUAACACUAAGUGAAAUGCACCAGCACUGCAGUUGUGUAUAUUUAUUUUUUUAAGUGUUAUU